UGACACUUUUGAGUUUGACAGAUCUUUGUUUGCAAACAUUUAAAAAUUUUAUUCACUUGUAUUUUCCUUACCUUGUCUAUAACUUGUACGUUUCGUGUGAUAAAAUUCUUGUUAUUAAUAUCGAAAAAUUCUCUUCUUAUUCCUUUAAUUUUUACUAGGCAAAAUGAGGCUGUGGUUCAUUAGCAUAUUAUUUAUAAAAACAAUUUGCGCGUCUCCAAUACCGAUAGUUUUAUGGCAUGGAAUGGGUGAUACAUGCUGUAUGUCAUUCAGUCUCGGAUCGUUCAAAAUAUUUCUCGAAAAUCAAAUUCCCGGCGUUUACGUGAUAUCACUGCGUAUCGGGAACAGCACGGUGGAAGAUUUUGAGAACGGUUAUUUUAUGAACCCUAACCGUCAAGUAGACUAUGUGUGCAAGCAAUUGGCUUCGGAUCCGAAGCUUUCCAGUGGGUUUAACGCUAUUGGAUUUUCACAAGGAUGCCAGUUCUUGCGCGCAGUGGUGCAAAGAUGUGGCGACAGGUUGACGAUCAAGAACUAUAUAUCUCUUGGUGGUCAACAUCAGGGAGUAUACGGCUUACCUCAUUGUGGAGCCCUGCAGCACGAAACAUGCGACUACAUCAGGAAACUACUUAACUAUGCCGCUUAUAAUAGUUGGGUGCAGAGUUCUCUGGUCCAAGCGACUUAUUGGCAUGACCCGUUGAAUGAAGACAAUUACAAGCAAAGCAGCAUCUUUCUCGCUGAAAUCAACAACGAGAAAUCUGUAAACAAGACCUACAUACAGAAUUUGAACAAGUUGGACAACUUUGUUCUAGUCAAGUUUGAUAAUGAUACGAUAGUGCAGCCCAGGGAGACAGAAUGGUUCGGGUUCUAUGCACCGGGACAAGAUAAAAAGAUGAUGACGUUGCAACAAUCGAUGUUGUACAAAGAGGAUCGUCUUGGCCUCAAGAAAAUGGACAAAGCCGGCAAAUUGAAAUUCUUAUCUACUCCCGGAGACCACUUGCAUUUUUCAGAAGAAUGGUUCAUUAAAAAUAUAAUUAAACCUUAUCUUACUAGUUAACGAACACAAUCGAAUACUACAUGUUUAAUGGCUUCUCAUUUGUUCUUAUAUUAGAUGAUUAAUUUGUUAGUUAUUAGUGUUUUCCUAAUGCACUAAUGGGCAUGAAAGUAGAUCUGUAAGUUACUAUUAAGUACUAUAAUUAUUUGACAAAAUUCUUUUCUUAAUGUAAGUUAAAAGUUUUUAUACCAAAUAUUGUUAUAAUGUUUAUUACAAUAUAUUUAAUCGAAAAGUGAAAGUGAGCUUAUUAAAUACUAAGCAAAAACUUUGUAUUCAUAGAAAAGCGAUAAAAAAAAGUUUUAUCAUCAUCAUCGUCAUCAUCAUCAUCAGCCCAUUGCAGACACUGCUGGACAUAGGCCUAGAAAAGAGUUUACUUAUUAUAAUUUAUGUGCGAAAAUUUGAUCAUAAAACAUAAAUUAUUGUUAAAAGGAUUUGUAUUAAUAAUAGAAAAUAUUUUCAUUAUCUUAUCUGUUGGGGAUAUUAUGUUUUUCUGAAAUUAUAAUAGGUAAGUUUAUAAAGCGGCGAUAGCCUAGUUGGUUGUGGAACGGACUGCCGAGACGAAUGUCCGCAGGUUCAAAUCCCAAGGGCUCUGACUUUUCUAAAAUAUGUGUGUUUUCUUUGUGAAUUACCGCUUGCUUUAACGGUGAAGGAAAACAUUGUGAGGAAACCUGCAUACCUGAGAAAUUCUCUAUUAGGAAUUUUCGAGGGUGUGUGAAGUCUACUAAUCCGCACUAGGCCAGCGUGGUGAACUAAGGCCUAUUCCCUUUUAGUAGUAGAGGAGGCCCGUGCCCAACAGUGGGGCAGUAUAUAAUACAGGGCUGAUAUUAUAUUAUAUAAGUUUAUAAGAAGUUGAAUCACGAGACUAAGGCAUAUAUGAAAUAAAUAAAAUAACUAAAAGAAUAACUGGUAUACAGAGUUAUCUUGACAUUGCGUUAUUAAAUGACACCAUGCUCGUUUUUACCACUACUAAGAUCGUGCUAAUUAUUCGUGAAUAACGAAUAUUUUUGCCAAAAAUCUCAGUUCUAGAUUUCAGAUUGAUCAUAUAGUAGUUUAGUACAAUGUGGCGUGUUCCUGUAGUCUGAAUGAGUCUAAUUUCUCUUAGAGUAGCAGUAGUAGCAUUAUGGCAUGUAAUAUCAAAAUUACUUUAAUUUGUUCGAAAAUAACGCUUAUUUAUUUUACAUCUACGGUCAGAAUAACUAAAUGUGAAAUAUAAUUUUCAAUAAGACAAGUAUGUGGUUUACUUUAGUAACGCAAUCUCAAAAUAUAUUAUCAUGAUUCAUAAUACUCAUGGCUAGAGAUCAUAUAAACUAUAGUGUAAGUAUAUUUUUUGUGUGAUAAUUAUUAUUAAAUGAGAUGAGAUUAC